GCAGCGACACCACGGGGGCGGAUCUGUCCCCGCCCUCGCUCGCGUCCCCGCCCGCUCCAGGAUCUCCCAACCCUUGAGGCGCGCUCUUUCUCCGACAGCUGCUCUGGGAGCCCUGCGCGCCGUGCUGUUCCGUGCCUUGCCCGUCUGUCCCCUCCGAUUGUGCCUAGCGAUGACCACCCAGCAGAUUGUCCUACAGGGCCCGGGACCAUGGGGUUUCCGCCUCGUGGGCGGCAAGGACUUCGAGCAACCUCUCGCCAUUUCCCGGGUCACUCCUGGAAGCAAGGCUGCUAUAGCUAAUUUAUGUAUUGGAGAUUUAAUCACAGCCAUCGAUGGGGAGGAUACCAGCAGCAUGACACACUUGGAAGCUCAGAACAAAAUCAAGGGCUGCACAGACAACAUGACACUCACAGUGUCCAGGUCUGAACAGAAAAUUUGGUCUCCGCUAGUGAGUGAGGAGGGAAAACGUCAUCCAUACAAGAUGAAUUUAGCGUCGGAACCCCAAGAGGUCUUGCACAUAGGAAGUGCUCACAACCGAAGUGCAAUGCCAUUUACUGCCUCACCGGCUCCCAGCACUGCCCCCCGCAUCAUCACAAACCAGUACAACAACCCUACCGGCCUCUACUCUCCUGAAAACAUCUCUAACUUCAACAGUGCUGUGGAGUCGAAGACCACAGGCAGUGGGGAGGAGGCGAACAGCAGACCCUUGGAUCAGCCUCAUCCUUCAGGCAGCCUCAUCAUCAACAAGGAAUCUGAAGUUUACAAGAUGCUUCAGGAGAAGCAGGAGUUAAAUGAGCCCCCCAAACAGUCCACCUCCUUCCUGCUUCUGCAGGAGAUCCUGGAGUCAGAUGGGAAAGGGGAUCCCAACAAGCCCUCAGGAUUCAGAAGUGUUAAAGCUCCAGUCACCAAAGUGGCUGCGUCAGUUGGAAAUGCUCAGAAGCUGCCCAUGUGUGACAAGUGUGGAACUGGCAUUGUAGGAGUGUUUGUGAAGCUGAGGGACCAGCACCGACACCCUGAAUGUUACGUGUGCACCGACUGUGGCACCAACUUGAAACAGAAGGGCCAUUUCUUCGUAGAGGAUCAGAUUUAUUGUGAAAAGCAUGCCCGGGAGCGGGUCACACCACCUGAGGGCUAUGAUGUGGUCACUGUGUUCCCCAAGUGAUCAAGAAGACCUGCCCUGUCUGCUGCCCUCCAGCCAGCCUGCUGUACCUGGUUCUCUGAAUGUUCUGGCCUCUUCUCCCUGACAGUCCUGUGCUCUACUAGUAUUAGUCCUGCUCAGUGAACAUUGAGUUCCACCUGUGCUGACUCCCACAAGCUGUGUGAUGUCUACUUUUACAUUACUGGAAAUGGUUUUGUCUCUGUCCCCUCACCAACACCACCACUCACCUUCUUCACUUGGGGUCUUCUAUGCUGCAAAAGGACAUUGGCCACAAUGGGAUGAAGCCAAAUGUAGUAUCUCUCACACUGAUUUUGUUUUACUUAAUAAAUUUAGACUCUUAAG